UAGAAAUGGGUUUGAUUAGUGAAGGUGUCACACAAGUUGUAAUACCAGUUUCUGCAUUAAUCGGAAUCGGGUUUGCUUUGAUACAAUGGUUUUUGGUUUCAAAGGUGAAAGUAACAAGUGGGUUAGUACGCGAAAAUGGCCAAAGGAAUAGGUUGAUUGAAGAAGAUGAUCAAGAAGUUGGUGUUGAUUCUGAUCAACUUGUGUUUAAAUGUGCCGAAAUUCAAAGUGCUAUUUCUGUUGGUGCAACAUCAUUUCUCUAUACACAGUAUAAGUACCUGGCAAUCUUCACAGGGAUAUUUUCAGCCAUAAUUUUUCUAUUCCUUGGAUCAGUAAAAAGUUUCAGCACAAAGAGUGAAGAAUGCACUUACAACAAAGGCAACAUAUGCAAACCUGCAUUAGCCAAUGCCUUUUUUACAACACUCGCCUUCUUACUAGGUGCUUUAACAUCAGUUCUCUCUGGUUUUCUUGGUAUGAAAAUAGCAACAUAUGCAAAUGCUAGAACCACAUUAGAAGCAAGAAAAGGUGUAUCAAAUGCAUUCAUAACUGCUUUUCGGUCUGGUGCUGUGAUGGGAUUUCUUCUUGCUGCUAAUGGUCUUUUGGUUCUUUACGUUUCAAUCAAUGUUUUCAAAUUGUAUUACGGAAAUGACUGGGAAGGAUUAUUUGAGUCCAUUACUGGUUAUGGUCUUGGUGGUUCUUCAAUGGCACUUUUUGGGAGGGUCGGGGGAGGCAUAUACACCAAAGCUGCAGACGUUGGUGCUGAUUUAGUUGGAAAAGUCGAAAGAAACAUUCCUGAAGAUGAUCCUCGAAACCCUGCUGUUAUUGCCGAUAAUGUUGGUGAUAAUGUUGGUGACAUUGCUGGGAUGGGUUCUGACUUGUUUGGUUCAUAUGCAGAAUCAUCAUGUGCUGCUUUAUUUGUGGCCUCCAUUUCAUCCUUUGGUACUAAUCAUGAUUUCUCAGCCAUGGCUUAUCCUCUCCUUAUAAGCGCUAUGGGAAUCAUGGUUUGUUUAAUCACAACAUUUUUUGCCACUGAUUUUUUCAAAAUAAGAACCAUUGCUGACAUAGAACCGUCUCUUAAACAUCAACUGUUAGUUUCUACUAUACUUAUGACUGGUGGGAUUGCUAUAGUCAGCUUCAUUGCUUUACCAUCAAGAUUUACUAUCUAUGACUUUGGUGCCGAUAAGAUUGUUAAGAACUGGCACAUCUUCUUCUGUGUUUCCAUUGGAUUAUGGGCUGGUCUGGCUAUUGGAUAUAUAACUGAGUAUUACACUAGCAGUGCAUAUAGUCCAGUGCGGGAUGUGGCAGAUUCAUGCAGGACAGGUGCUGCAACAAAUGUGAUAUUCGGACUAGCUUUGGGAUAUAAAUCCGUUAUCAUUCCAAUAUUUGCUAUCUCAAUUGCCAUAUAUGUAAGCUUUAGCUUGGCUGCCAUGUAUGGGAUCGCAGUGGCUGCACUGGGAAUGCUAAGCACUAUAUCAACUGGUUUAGCAAUAGAUGCAUAUGGGCCAAUCAGUGACAAUGCUGGUGGCAUUGCGGAAAUGGCUGGAAUGAGCCACACCAUUCGUGAGAGGACCGAUGCUCUUGAUGCUGCUGGAAAUACAACAGCUGCUAUUGGCAAGGGUUUUGCAAUCGGAUCAGCUGCACUAGUCUCUUUGGCUCUAUUUGGAGCGUUUGUGAGCAGAGCUGGGAUUGAAACCGUCAACGUGUUGACUCCAAAAGUUUUCAUAGGUUUACUGAUAGGGGCAAUGCUUCCUUACUGGUUCUCUGCAAUGACAAUGAAAAGUGUGGGAAGAGCAGCUUUGAAAAUGGUUGAAGAGGUUCGCCGUCAGUUCAAUACCAUUCCAGGGAUCAUGGAAGGAACUGCAAAACCUGAUUAUGCAACUUGUGUCAAGAUUUCUACAGAUGCUUCACUUAAGGAGAUGAUCCCCCCUGGUGCAUUAGUUAUGAUCACGCCUCUUGUUGUCGGGACCUUUUUUGGAGUUGAAUCACUUGCUGGUGUGCUUGCAGGUUCUCUUGUUUCAGGUGUCCAGGUUGCUAUAUCGGCUUCUAACACAGGUGGAGCAUGGGAUAAUGCCAAGAAGUACAUUGAGGCUGGAGGGUCAGAACACGCAAGGACACUAGGGCCAAAGGGAUCAGAUGCACACAAGGCGGCAGUAAUAGGGGACACGGUUGGAGACCCAUUGAAGGAUACAUCAGGACCAUCACUCAAUAUCUUGAUCAAGCUUAUGGCCGUUGAGUCAUUGGUGUUUGCUCCUUUCUUUGCCAGUCAUGGUGGUCUUUUCUUCAAAUGGUUUUAAAAUCUUUUUUUUUUUUAAAAUUUGUUUUAUAUUAGUAUAUUUGAUUAGAUAUUUGUAAAUCAUAUUUUGGUUUAACAAAAGAUAUACAAUAACGUCACAUUUUCUGUUUUCCUUACCAUAACAAACAUGUUGCACAAAAUCAAAGAUCUGAUACUCUUUGUUUGCUA